GGCGUGGUCUUGUUCUCUUUGGCUCCCUCCACCCUGACGUUCUCCCGCGGUGCCGGCCACGCCUCGUGUCGGGACAUGAUUCCCGGCCACAUCCGCGCUCAACCACGGGAUCCGAAGCGGGUCCAUGUCGCUCUGCGCACAUCCGCCUCUUCUUACCUACCUGGACAGUUUGUAACAGUGACGGUCCAAAGCUCUCGGGACUUCAUGGGUUUCCUGCUCCAGGCUCGCAGUUUGGAGGGUCCCGGAGUCGGAGCCAGAACCGGAGCCAGGUCUACGGGCGUGGCCCCGCAGCUGGUGGGCGGCUCCUGGACCCUCACACCGCCCGGCACCCACACCCUGCGCUGCCUCUCGGAGGAUGACACCCUCACGCACUCGGACAAACAGCUGAAGAGAAACCUGUCGUUUGUGUGGAGGGCCCCCGAGGGCCCCAUGGGAGACAUAAGGUUCUACAUCACAGUGGUGCAGUCUUACUUUGUAUACUGGGCAGGUAUCGAGUCUGCAGUGGUGCUUGAUGGGAGUCGUCGUCCUUGGACUAGGAGUAACAUCAGCGUGGUGGAUGGAGGGAACUCUGCACUACAGGAAGAUGAAGUUACCGCUCUGCCAGCCCAUAAAGCAUCAAACAAACAAACGAAGCAGACAGCCAGCCAUGCUAUUACCCUCGGACCAGUAUCUCGUCCAGUCUCGGAGACAAACCACUUGACCAACCAGGUGGGCAAUGAAAGAAAGAACAGAGCUAUUAUUUUGGGAUCUAAUCAAAAUACUACCAAAGGCAGUGAGAAUGAAACCUAUAGAACUUCAGGAUCCGUCUCAGGUGAGGCUGAAGAGGCAGGAACGGACACAGGAAGCUCCAAGGACCCCAAAAGCUCUCUUCAGUUGACCAACCAUGUUCCUACCACCACAGCUAUACCUUCAACCAAGCACGGCUUCCACGAUGCAAAUCUCUCAAGAUCCACAUCUCAGAAUCCAAGAGAGACAAUUCAGGACCAAACUAGAUCAGUAAAGUUUGUGACCCAGAGUAGCUCAUCGCAGCCCUGGAGGACUAGCGAGUCCCACACGAGUUUAAUCAAGGAUGAAAAGGGUCGCCAGUCCGUGCCUCGGACCCAGAAUCUUCACCUCAAACCUUCUCUCCACUCGCAAACUUCUUCAACCAAACCUCUUCUUCACUCUCAAACUGGUCCAAGCCAUAUCUUUCCGUUCUUCCAAGAACCUUCAUCUAUGUCCCGAACCUCUUUAUCAUUCAUUCUCCCAUCCAAGACCCCUACCCUUCAGUCCUUCGUCAAGACCCAGACAACUCCACCCCUCAGUCAGGCCUAUUCUCUAUCCAUCCAUGUCUUUCCCAUCAAACCCAUGAACAGUUUACCUCAGCCUGAAAAUAGUCCAUCUGGACCCAAAACUCGAUCAAGGAAAACCAGUCCACAUCAGCUUCGAGGUUCAGCCCCGCUAUCCACUACCUCCCCUCACCCAGAACCCUCUCCAGCUCCCCGGCGCUCUCUCUACGACCCUCUCACAUCUUCCACCCCUAUACCUUCCAAGCAACUUACCCUAGGUCAGAGGUUGCCAAUCCAGAACCACAUUGAAUCAUCUGAUACUGAGCCCAACCUCAAACUACAAACACCAAGAACAGUGGUUCACCCAAACCCUGAACGCCAUCCAAACCUCGACCCGAACUUCGACUUAAAUUUUGGCCACAUGUUGAAACCAAACAUUCCCAAAACCGACACUAAACCCAAACCUCCCUCCAAACCCCCCGAUACUCCAGACAAGGAGGGGAAGUAUCCAGACAUUAACGCCAGACACAGUGCGUGGGAGCUGGGCAUGCUGCUGGGCUGCUCGGCGGGCUUGGGCAUGGUGCUGGUGGUCGGGGUGAGGUACAUGUGCCGCCAGGCCUGCGGCAAACAAACAGAGGUGACGCUGAACGACAGGGAGACGGAGUACGGGAGAGGCGAGAGAGGGCUGCUCCACGUCCAGGAGUGUGGAGAUCUGGUCCGAGUCCGGAGAAUCAGAGAGAACAGUUUUGUGCUCCUGGCAGAGUACGAUGUUCUGCCCUCACCUGGAGACUGAAGGCUGCCUACAGAGAUAGUUUAAGGUACUAAAAUAUUUCAUAAGGGCAGAAAUAAUCCCACUGGGUAAGAUGCCCUGAGCAACAUUAGAUUAAACUAAAGUAGUGUAGCAUUCUGUUACUAACUGAAAAAUACCAAUUUAUCUUGAUUAAUGGUAGCUAGAUAGCCUAGCAUGAAUUUCCCAUUAGCUUCUAAACCAAGAUAGCUUACAGCAUUCUAAAAACAUGAAACUAAUGGUCAAACAUGAGUGAAACAAGGUUUCACAAAACACCUUAUUCUUACCUCCAAUAACAUUGGGGAUAAUGAUGUUUGUCAGUCCUUCUGUCGUCGUGGUCCAGAACAAGAUGAAUAGCUUUGGGCCAGAUUGCCCAUUGUUUAGCAUGAAGUUAAAAUGUUUGAUGGCUAACAACAUAUCUCAAGAAUUACUUGGCAGAUCAGGAAAUUAGCCAUGGAUAUUCAUGAUCCUCAGAGGAUGAAUCAUAGUGAGUAUUUAGGCUAAGCUUUCGUCUCGCACCCCCAUUCAUGCUCUCUGGGAGAUGAACCCUUUUCCGAUUUAGACUUUUCGACUUUUAGAGUUUUUGACUGAGGCCAAAAUAUGAACUUUGGGACAUCAUUUGAGACUUUUAGCUGCACCACCGAUGCUCUAAAUGAAAAAUGACUAACAUGAAGUUUGUGUAAUGGCAAAAAUAUGUUUUUUAACACAGACACUGUUUAAGGACAGCAGUCUCUCUUGAUUUAGUAGUUAAUCAUUAAGUUUUGAACCUGAUGCACUGUUUGUUUUGUGGGAUGUGUUAUGAUCCUCACCCGAGGACGAAAGAUGAACGUCCUGAUUGAAACCAAAUAACGAGCAGAUCAAUACAGCCUGCGCAGAGAAACUUGUUCUCUCCUAUGUAUGAGUUACGAAAUGGGAGUGAGCCUCUUCUCCUUUAAAAUGUGUGUUUCUGAUACUUGGUUGAGACAGCCUCUCUACUGUACACUGAAAUAUGUGUCUGUUGAGACGCUCUCCUGCUUGCAAGCAUUAUUAAAUGACGAAAACGUUGAUUCUCUCAAGACUCUGUUUAUUGACAUAGAUAGAAAAAACUUUGACUCUUCUCCCGAUUGAUCAUAGAAAUCUUCCAUAACAUUUGUUCCACCCACUUCCAUACUGUGGAGUGUAUAACUGUACCCUCAAGGGGCCAUUAGCAAGUUCGCAGGAGUUUUGAUCUUGUUUUUUCAAAAUAGCUAACUCGUGCUCAAGAAAAUGUUCUUGGCUUAGUGUUGUGUCCUCUAGAGUUUUUCUGCCUCCAACAUGUUUAGAGAAUUAAAGCAACAAUCUGCUUCCUGAUAGAAAGGAUAUUUAAAGACAAGGCUAGGAUGACAUACACCAUUCAGUGGACACUUUUUUGUUUGAUGAAUAGAAAGCGUUGGUGAUGCAAAGGCUGUAAAUCCAGCUCUGUAGUUGUGAAAUUGGAUAAAGUAUUUGUAAAAAAGCAGGAUUUACCUGCAUAAUAAAGUAUA